CCGCUUCAGUCAAGGGGGCGGGCCAUGCGCCGGCCCUGCUGGGUCGGCCCCGUGACGCUCAUACGUGGCGCUCGCGCAGGCCCCGCGGCCGCAGCCUCGCACCGUCGCAGAGAGCGGGAAGCGCGCGCUCUCGCCAUCCAUUGGCCCCACAGCACGUUGGGGGCGGGGCUUCUCCCCGGGCCCCGCGCGUUCCGGCGCGGGCCCCGCCCCCGAGGCCGAGGGUGACAGCUGUCGGUGCUGCCAUGGCAGGGCUGGCUCUGCGCCUGCUCCUCCUGCUCUCCGCCGCCGCGGGACUCGCGCUGGGCUGGGACCGACCGGGGAAGCUUCUGCUGCGGGAUGUUCAGGCGCUCACUCUCCGUAGAGGGCAAUACACGACAUCCAGGCGGACAGCUGCGGUCCCCCAGCUGCAGUGCACAGGAGGCUCUGCGGGGUGUUCUCGCGUCCCUGAGGUGGUUCAGUGUUACAACAAAGGAUGGGAUGGCUAUGAUGUACAGUGGCAGUGCAGAGCAGACUUGGAAAAUGCCUACCGUUUUGGACAAAUGGAAGUGAGCUGUGAAGGCUACGAUUACCCAGAUGACCCUUACAUACUAAGAGGCUCCUGUAGUUUGCUGUUCAAUCUAGAGCUUACUGAAGAAGGUGAAAGGAAAGUGAAGAAUUCUGGAAGCUUUGGCUCUAGCUAUUACCAGUUAAGGAAAGAUUAUUCUGAUUCUGGUUCUGGAGCAAUUGUUGUAAUCGUUCUUCUCGUUCUUGCUUUUGGAGUAUACAAGUUAUUCCUCAGCAACCAACAGUCUCAGCAGAAUUCUGGGCAUAGUGAUGGCUUCUCUCAGCCCUUCUGGCAGAGUCAGCAGGCACCUCCUCCUCCUGGUUUUAAAUCCACCUUCACAGAUGACAACAGCUUUGGAACUCAUUCCCAUCAUGGAACCAGUUCAGGACCAGGAUUUUGGACUGGAUUAGGAGCAGGAGGCUUGCUAGGCUACUUGGCAGGCAGUCACAGAGCACAGCCGCGUUCCCCGUAUCACAGUAUGUGGGUAGAUCCCACAGCUGUACCUCCGAUGCAUGGGCACUCAAGGAAUUCCACAGAAGGAAGCAGUUCAGGAACAAGAACCGCCUCUGGCUUUGGGGGCACAAAGCGAAGAUGAAAUCCUUGAUAUUAUUACAUCAGAGUUAUUGAACUAAAUCUUGUGUACUUGUACUUCUUUUAGUAGUGGUAUACUUCAGAAGUGGAUAUGAGGUAUGAAGGACUAGGCAAAGAAUUCCUCACUUUCUCUGUGGACUCACUGCUAUUUAGGGUAUCAUAGGUGCUGGAGCACCCACUAUUUCAAAUCAGCAGCAUCCCCUGCAGAAAAAGCUCAUUCAAGUUAAGAAUGAUAUUACUGUGACCGUGUAUCUGUACUUGAGGCCUUAUGGCAAUGAUAGCCUUACCAGAUUUUCAAAGCAUGUAUCUUAUGUUCUGGGCUUAAUCUCAUUUGAUCCAGAAUUUAUGAUAAUAUUUUUCCUCUUUCCUGGUAGUCCAGCAUAUACCUGAUACAUAUGGAGUGCUGUUCUUUGAAGCUACCUUUGUUUGCCUUUGCAGAAUUCAUGCGAACUUUACUCUAAGUGCAGUCAGCCACUCAGAUAAGUGUUGGAGUUCUUCCUCAGUGGACAAGAGCCAAACUGUGUAUAAAGGGGUUAACAUUAGUAUGUUUGUAUCUGUGCUAUGUGUCUGUUGGAGCAAAAAUGUGCAGGUUCAUGGAUUCUCCAAGUCAUAGACUUUAUCAAAGGUGACUGUGACAACCUGGGGGAAUUUGUCCAUAAGUUAUUUGGGGUAAAUAAGUAACCUGAAAAUUUGGACCUUUUUCUGAAGCACUGAGGUAAUUAAAUUCAGGUGAUUACAGACAUUUUGCCUGCAUUGAGGACACAGAUUUUCCUUUUAAUGGUGGAUUUUGAUGGUUGGCAAUGCUGUGAAAACUUGUGAUGUGAAUGGUCUGUCCUGCUAGAUCACCUGUCCGAAGCACAGUAAACCAAAGAUGUUCAUUGCAAAAGGGAAGGGAAUGUUCUUAAUGCAGAGAUGAUAGAAUCUCUGGGACACAGCAGGCCUUGAUACUAAGCAAAGAAAGGAAAUUCAAUAUCUAACAGAAUGUAAACUUCCCCAAAUGUGCUUUUUAAAAACACAAUGCUGUCGAAGAGUGGGAAGCAGAGAGACCUUGCUUUGUUUUGGGGCCUCUGUGAAGUGUCAUCCAGUUCUUGGGUGACUUAUUCUCUCCUGGAAGAGACAUUGCUGGAUAAAAAGCAGAGAAACUUCUCAGGAUUGUGAGGAGAGGGGAAGAGUGAAAAAUGGGCUGCUUGGUCACCAGCUCUUCUCAAGAGCCCAUUCUAACAGAAUGUAGAAGUGUUUGUGUGCACACAGCUUGCAUAUGCCGGCAGCAGCCAGAGAAGCAUUGUCUUUCAGCCUUGUGAAAAUACUAUGUCUUGGAGUUGAUAUCAGCUAUUACAAUGAAAGCAAAGCACUGUUCAGCUGAUACAGGUUGCAUCUCCACAAGAUUAGGUCGGUCUAGUUAGUCUAAGAAAGGUACUUCAGCAUAACUCAGGGAAAAACAACCAUGUCCAUUCAUGAAUGCAGAAGGAACUAGCUCAUGUGGUAACACCCAAGUUCAGUGUAUGGCAAAAGAAAAAGAAAAAAAGAAAAAGAAAAAUAAAAAAGGAAGAGAUGCAAGCAAACCAAAUCAGCAAAUCCCAGAAGUUUUUUUGAAGUCAACAGCUAGUAAAAG